ACAUAGAACGUAACGGUCGCCGAAAUGGCGUGGGAUUUCUCGGCCCGCGCUCGUCGAGGAAGCUCACACGAGGAAGUGCGUUCGUAGAUGAUGAGAAACGGGCAUGUUUACCAAAGAAAAGUCAUGACUUCCUCGUCUUCGUCCAGUACGAGUUCGGUGUGCACCAACGUGGACGAUGCACGCCGGUGCAACGGCCAUGGGAGGAACAAGUUCCUCGGCUCCGAAGACGUUGGCACCGAUUGGCUGCUCGGUGCUCACUCUUCUCGCGAUUCAAAGCGAGUUUUUGCAGAAUUUCAGAUAAACAAGUCGCGAUGUCGCAUGCGGCAGUUGGUACUCGUAAUCGCUGCAAUAGCAGCAUUACUGUUCGGAGCGAUCAUUGGCUUUAGCAUCGGCAGCGUUCAGUGUAUUUGCGGCCGCAGCUCGGAUUCACCGAACAACGAAUUCUUGGUGCCACCCGACCCGGAGAACCCGCAGCCGCCGUCCUGGAGCGAGUUGAGAACCUUCAGGCAGAGCGCGGUUUGCGCGGAUGGGGCGCCGUGUGCUGUUAUUGGCAAGUCGAUCCUAGAACAGAACGGUUCGGCGGUGGAUGCCGCGUUGGCUGCACUAAUAUGCAACGGACUCGUGAACAUGCAGAGCCUCGGCUUUGGCGGCGGAUUUAUGAUGACGAUUUACGAGAAAUCCUCACGCCGAGCUUUUGUGUUAAACGCGAGGGACCGCGCGCCUUUGUCAGCGAAUUCGACAAUGUACGAAGGCAAACCUGCGAAUGCGUCUUCCUUCGGCGCGCUUGCAGUCGCCGUUCCCGGCGAAUUGGCCGGUUACUGGGAGGCUCAUCGACGAUUCGGUAAAUUGCCAUGGAUGGAUUUGUUCAAACCGAGUAUCGAGCUCUGCGAGAAGGGCUACACCUUAACGUUGGUGCAGUAUGACAGCCUCGGCUACAAUAAGAACAGUAUUUAUAACGAUCCGACUCUGAGAGAAUUGUUUGUCGAUCCCACAACUAACGAAUUCCGUAAACCAGGAUCCAUCAUUAAACCCAAGAAACUUUGCGAGACGCUGCGAAUUAUCGCCGAGAAGAACGCCACGGAAUUCUACAACGGCACGAUCGGACGACUUCUCGUCGACGACCUGCGAGAGCAAGGUGGCAUCAUAACAAUGAGGGACCUCAAUGAGUACAGGGUCUCAUGGGAGCGACCGAUACAGACGAAUCUUUCGGGCGGCUUGAAUCUCUUCACGACGGGGCUGCCAGGUAGCGGCGCGGUGCUUUCGUUCAUCCUGAACGUCUUCGACGAUUACGGCUUCUCGCCGGCUAGCAUAGCUGACUUCAACGCGACGAUUCUCACAUAUCACAGAAUGAUAGAAACAUUCAAGUACGCGUACGCGUUGAGGACGAAUCUGGGCGAUAGAAAUUUCGUCGAUAUGACCGAGAUAAUGAAGAAUCUCACGUCGAAGAGCUUCGCGCGUCAGAUGCGCGAGAAAAUAAGCGACGACAGGACGUGGCAGGACACGCGACACUACGGCUCGUUAAUCGGCGCCGGUUUCGAAGACCACGGCACUGCGCACGUGUCGGUGCUGGCGCAGAACGGCGAUGCCGUGUCGGUCACCAGCAGCAUCAAUUACUACUUCGGUAGCGGACUGGUCAGCCGGAGGACCGGCGUACUCAUGAACAACGCUAUGAACGAUUUCGGCAUCCCGUCGAGGCUCAGUUACUUCGGCGUGCCGCCCAGUCCCAACAACUACAUCGCCCCCAAGAAGCAGCCGUUGUCCUCGAUGGUGCCGUCCGUCCUGGUCGAUCGUUACGGCGACGUCAAGAUGGUCGUGGGUGCCGCUGGUGGUACGAAAAUCACGACCGCGGUAUCCCAGGUGAUGGCGAAAAUCCUGUGGAUGGGACAGACGGUCAAGGAGGCGGUGGACGCGGCGAGGAUACACCAUCAGCUGUUCCCGCCGAAGCUGGAGUACGAGUACGGUGUCUUGAAGCAGGUGAUUGACGGCUUGAAGCGGCUGGGACACGUCACGAAGCGCUACAGGGCGCGGGGCAGCGUGGCCUGCGUGAUUCUGUACGAAAAUUCGACGAUCUUCGCGAACGCUGACUACCGCAAAGGCGGUGACGUUUACGGGAUCGAUUGAUCCGUCGUCUCCGUCGGCCGAGCUCCCCCAAAUCACAUCGGCUCGACUCAAUCUUAACACGACUUUCCGUUGAUCGCAGCAGACCUCACCGACGAAGUUGCGCGUCUCGCGCCGACGUGUGCAUUGCGUCGUCAGCGAGAGACAUUCGCUUUGGAAAGGUCGUCGCGUAGGAAUCGUUUGCUCUUGUUUAAUAAAAUUUUUACAACUUUC